AUGACCAAGGCACGAGCGUUCCAACUCCUCAAAGACGGCCCUACGCAGGUGACGGUGGGCAUGAAGGAAUUCAUGCACCACGAGGUAUAUAGGGGCAUGACAGGAGAUGGAGUAUUCGCUGGAAAGCCGCACGAGGUGUUCGUUGGAGGCAUCCCGGACGCAGCAGACGCCCCCCCUUUCGAGCUGAAGGCUGUUGAACAGGACACCCUUGUCAAAAUUCAGCAGCGCUACGACUCUGUAGUCCCGAGAUUGGAGGCCUUGUUUCCCGACGAUCCUGCGAAGCGAAGCGAGAUUGUCCGUGAGAUGAACCUCUCGGUUGAGCUGCUGCGUGAAACGGGGACGAAGGACUGGGAUCUUCCGAGCUUAACGAGAACAGCUGGGCUUCACACCGACAGCUCGGAUGACGAGAGCUCGGACGACGAGAGCUCGGGCGACGAGAGCCCCGGUGGCGAUGGCACCGGUGACAGCGGAGCUCUGGACACCAUGUCGCCGGAGGCGUUGCCGGAUGGGCCACUGACAGAGAGUGGGGGUGGGGGCGCCGGAAACAGUUUGCGCUUGCAGCCUGGGUGGUUUGCCGUUCUGCCUUUGGAGAUGACGAAUACUUGCCCACUGGUGGUUGGCCAAAUAGUAAGCGUGGAAUCCGGCGGCGAGAAUGGGGGUGAGGUGCUCAUCAAUUGGUUUGCGCCUGUUUCUCGUAAAAAAUGCCGUCGGUCGAGGUACGGGAGGGGCGUAUGGUCGCAACAGUUUCUCAAGCAGGACAACAAGCUCACACCGGAUCAGAGUACGGAGUCGAUCAAAUCCGUAUGUUUCACCUUCCAGUCCUUGCUUCAGAGCGGGAAACUGCCAAGUGGGGUGUGGGCGGCUGUUGAAGAGAGCGUUCCGUCUUCCUCUCUGGAGGAAGCGGAGACAGACGACAGUGAUUCGGAUGCAGACGGCGUCGAGGGGGGGGGGGCAGCGGGGGGGUGCCGAGGGGAAGAGCAAUCAGGUUUGGCUCCAUCUCCCACUAUUCCACCUCACACGAGGGACACCGGCCCGAUCCCGCACCCUUCUCGCAGUGACUCGCAAAGUGCUCCUCCAGCGCCCGGCGUACGGUUGACCGCUGCCCAUUUCAGACCACGUAGGACACAACAAGGGUGA